AUGGCGCCCAAGGCUAAGCCGGAUCAAAUGGCGGGAGGCCCCUCCUCCUCGAAAUGCGCCACAGACCCCAUGUUGCAGGGCACCUAUGAGCAAGACGAGUCGAACGACCUCGAGGCGUCGACAGACGAAAUCGCUGCCUUUGAGGAGCGCCUUCAGCAACAGCAGCAGCAUGGCCGAGGCAACUCUGCAGCGGCACGGAACGUAUCGAGGACCCCCACAUCAGGUGCUCCGCGACGCUCGUUAGCACCGUUGGCCAAUAGUGCCCAUCGACCGCAUCCGUCCUCGACUCCCGCCCCGUCGGCGGCCGCCGGCGCAUCGUAUGCCGCCUCGCACCGCACCGCCGACCGUGGCGUGUCGGAGGAUGAGCACGCAGCGCAGGCACAGCGUGGCGAGGACAUCGAAGACGUGCGCCGUCUCGAGGACCGCUUCCGCGGUGGCGAUGACGGCGAUAGCGAUGAGGAGACGGUUGCACGUCGGCGCAAGAUGGGGCUGUGA